UUGAAUACACCCUAAGAUAUCGGUUGCUGAAACUUCAUUGGUUAAUUAACUUUCCCCUAGUCUCUUGCGCGGAAAGUUUUCCUCCGUCUCUGGUCAUCGUCGUCGUCGUAGUUGGAGAAGUACAGCGUGAGCGAGGCCACACUUCGAUAUCCUUGCCGUUUUAGGCUCAUUUUGUGCCGUCCAGUGUUGCUGUCUCAUCUUCCCUUUUGCCAGCGAACAGACAGUGAUAGAAGUCGAGAGGAAGCCCUCCGGUUUGAUCUCGCAUGGCGCAAAUUCCCAACCUCGACACCGCUCCUCUUAAUCUCACUUCCCUUAGGGAACAAUCUCAGAAGGAGCUGCUUAACAUCCUUAAGAAUAUUCGAGGUAAUAAAUGCCUCGUCAUUGACCCAAAGCUCAGUGGAUCGCUUUCUCUCUUGAUCCAGACGUCGCUCCUCAAGGAAAAUGGUGUUGAGCUGCGGCAUCUCUCUUCCGAGCCUGUUCAAACUGAAUGUUCCAAGAUAUUGUAUCUUGUGCGAUCCCAUACCAACUUGAUGAAGCUGAUUUCGUCAAACAUUCACAAUGAUCUAUCCAAAGGAGUUCAGAGAGAAUACUUUCUUUAUUUUGUUCCGCGUCGCACAAUUGUUUGUGAAAAGAUCUUUGAAGAUGAAAAGAUUCACCAUCUAUUGACUAUUGGAGAAUACCCUUUGUACAUGUUGCCACUAGAUGAGGAUGUUAUAUCUUUUGAGCUUGACCUGUCAUACAAGGAAUGCUGUGUCGAUGGUGACACAAGUUCACUUUGGCAUAUUGCUAAAGCUAUUCAUAAAUUGGAGUUUUCCUUUGGAUUUAUUCCGAAUGUGAGAGCAAAAGGAAAGGCAUCAACAAAGGUUGCUGAAAUUUUGAAUAGCCUACAAGUUGAAGAGCCAGUUAGCUCAACGGAUCUGGGAAUUCCUGAGAUAAAUACACUCAUUUUAUUGGAUAGAGAGGUUGAUUUGGUGACACCUAUGUGUUUUCAGCUAACAUAUGAAGGACUUCUAGAUGAGAUUUUGCAAAUCAAUAAUGGUUCAGUGGAGGUUGAUACCACUGUUAUGGGCAGCCAGCAAGAUGGAAAAAAGGUCAAGGUUCCUCUGAAUUCUAGCGACAAAUUGUUCAAAGAAAUUCGAGAUAUGAACUUUGAAGUCGUGGUUCAGGUUUUACGCCAGAAGGCAACUUCAAUUCAACAAGAUUAUGCAGAAGUAAAAUCUCAAUCGCAAUCAGUAUCGGAGCUGAAGGAUUUUGUUAAGAAGUUAAACUCACUGCCUGAAAUUGCUAGGCAUGUAAACCUUGCUCAACAUUUGCAAUCUUUUACCUCUAAACCAUCUUUCCAUGCUCGAUUAGACAUGGAACAGACACUUCUUGAGCUCCAGAAUUAUGACAUAUGCUUUGAGUACAUUGAGGAGAUGAUUCAUAAGCAGGAAUCACUUGUUAACGUAUUGCGGUUGCUGGUGUUAUUUUCGAUUACUAAUUCUGGCCUUCCAAAGAAGAACUUUGAUUAUUUAAGGAGAGAGAUACUCCAUAGCUAUGGAUUUGAGCACAUGCCUACACUAUAUAAUCUGGAAAAAGCAGGCCUCUUUAAGAAACAGGAAUCCAAAAGCAACUGGCUGGCUAUUGCACGAGCUUUCCAACUUAUUGUUGAGGACACUGACACGGCCAACCCUAAAGAUAUUUCAUACAUAUUUUCUGGAUAUGCACCACUUAGCAUUCGUCUUGUACAACAUGCAAUUCGUUCUGGAUGGCGGUCUAUGGAAGAAAUACUGAAGCUGUUACCAGGACCUCAUGUGGAUCUAAAGAGGCAGGGUGUUCCUAAUAGCAACUCUUUUCUGGAUGCAAAUCCAGCUUUCCAAUCUAAUUUUGAUAGGGUCACUGAUGGACGUCGGUCAUUAGCUUUGGUAAUCUUCAUUGGUGGAAUAUCUUUUGCAGAGAUUGCUGCUCUUCGUUUUCUUAGUUCACAGGAAGGAAUGGGGUAUGACUUCCUUAUUGGAACUACAAAAAUAAUUAACGGGACAACUUUACUUGAAACUCUCAUGGGCUACAAGGAUUAGGGUUCUGGAAAUCUAAGAUUAUAACUUAUUCGGGCAUUCAAUCAAAGAGUGAACUUGUCUUUUAUGGCUGUAAGUUUGUAAUUUAAUUUAAGCUAGGAUGCUGCUGGGUACUGUUUGAUAUAACCUGAUUUAUUGAUCAAUUUGUACAGUGCUAGACUUAUUUUUUUUCCCCUCCAAAAGUUUUUGAUUGUAUUGCUGCCGUAGGAUUUUGCAUCCUAUGUAAUAAAAUAUUGCUGGUUUUUGAACUUGUAUCAUAUAAAUUCUUACUGUAAAUUAGAUAAGGUUCUGACUGAUU